AUGGGGCCAGAGAAACACGUGAGGGGCUGGCGCUGGCUCUCCCGCCGACCUUCUCACCUCAUUCUGGCCCUGCUUCUUGUCUUUGUUACUCUCCUUGCCAUCAUCCUACCCUCUGUAAUUGUGGUGACUUUGCACAAGAAAAAUAGCAUGGGUCCUAAAGCAAAGGUUUUUGUCCCUCUUUAUGUGUACCCCAUCCCUGGUGCGUGGGAUCAGCUGGAAAAUGUGAUCUCGACACACCCCAAUGUCAACUUCACCAUCGUCGUGAACCCUGGUAACGGCCCGGGUCCAAAUGCCCUGCCUGAUGGCAAUUACACUAGGGAAAUUCCUAAAUUGGCCGCUUAUGAAAACGUACGUUUGCUAGGGUAUAUCCACACGAGCUAUGCAGCGCGUAAUCUCUCCUUGGUGCGCAAAGAUAUCGAAACGUACGCGGCAUGGCCGGCCAACAGCUCCAACCCCAAAUUGGCCGUCCGGGGAAUAUUUGUCGACGAAACACCACAGCAAUAUAAUGCUAACCAUUUAGCGUAUUUGCAAGAGCUUGCCGCGAUAGUGAAGAAAACGCCUGGGUUGGGUCCAGACAAUUUUAUUGUUCAUAAUCCUGGAGCGAUUCCAGACUCUCGCUACAUGUCCAGCGCGGACUCUACUGUGGUUUUCGAGGCAACUUAUGACACUUUUCAGGCGCGCAACAGGGCUAAGCUGUUCAAGGAGAUCCCGAACAGCAAUCGUAGCCAGCUGUGCGCGGUGAUCCACUCUGUGCCAGACAGUGUGGAAGGGUCCAAACUCCGUGAACUAGUCAGACAAGUCCGACGGGUCGCAGAUGAAGUCUUCAUUACCCAUCUGAGCACCAACUACUAUGCGAGCUUUGGAGGAAAGUGGGACGAGUUUGUGAGAUUGAUGGCCGAAUGA